AGUAAUUUAUGCAAGAUGGUUUGAUAAAAAAGUGGUGACUUCAUAAAUGCUAUAUAAUUUAUUUAGUAUAUAUGGUAACAUUGAUAAGAUGAUCUAUUUGAAAGAAAGAUCUAGUGCUCUUAUUUAAUAUGUUACAUAAGAUCAUGCUGCUAUAGCUAAAGAAUCACUUAAUGAUAUAAUGUUUUAUGGAUAAUCUAUUAAAGUAAUAAAAUUAUUAAUUUACAGAUCUUUUUUUCCAAUUAUGAAGAAAUUUCACUUAAAACUUAACCAACAAAACCUGGAGAAUUUACUUAAGAUAUAAAAACCUAAGAAGAAUAUUUUUAAGGAGGAGAAGAAACUCAUAGAAUUAAACCUGAUAGUACUUAUACAUUGGCACCUCCUUGUGAUACCAUUUAAGUAUCAAACUUGACAAAAAAUUCAUGUCAAAUUGCAGUUUUAUAAUAAUACUUAUAAGAUUAUGGAUAAAUUAGAUAAUCCAAAUUAGUCACUAAUGCUACAAAGUACAUGGCCAUUCUCAAGUACGCAAGCACAGAAGUGGCUAUAACUGUUUUGGCUAAUAAUAAUGGAUUAGAAUUAGAUAGUAAGUAAAUUUAAAUAAAUUUCUCAAAACAAAAACUCAUAUGA